CGGUCGAAGGAAGGGGCUGGCGUGUCCGGGCUGGGAGGGCUCCGUCUGGAGGACCAGGAGGAGAGUAUAGGGGGCAAGUUAGGGUCCUGGGGCGGGCGUUCGACUUCGCGACCUUUAAAGGGAAAACCCAGCGAAGGAAGCGUUCCGAACCGUGCUGGGAAAUAAGAAUCUGAAGAAUAAUCAUCCAUCCAAAUUUGAAGAUCCUGUAUUAGUUCCUCUUCAAGAAUUUGCAUGGCAUCAAUAUCUACAGGAGAAAAAAAGGGUUGAGGACUGCAGCCCAGGACACACCUCCAGGUUGCCUUGGGGAGUGCUCCAGAGAACAAAAUAGAGGCUCAAGUGUUUGAAGAAGAAAGAAUGAAUCAGAAGAGCAGGCGACUACAAAAGCUGUUGGUCAGGAACUGACUGAUUUACAGAAGUAAAGUCGGUUAGUGAUUGGCUAUACCUUGUUGAACUAUAGGGUGGAUGGCAUGUUGUGGCUGUUUGGUAUCAGUCUGGAGCCCACAUAGUGAGUGAAGGAACUGAAAAAUGAAACCUGGGAAUAUUCUUCCUCCGUGAUGUCUUUUGUUAAUGGUCAGCUCCUGGGCGAUGCAUUGGAUCUACAGAAAUGGGCCCACGAGGUGUGGGAUAUAGUUGAUGUUAAACCCUCUGCACUUUAUGACGCACUCGCUGAGGAUUUUUCCACUAAAUUCUUAAGAGACACCAAGCACAAUUUUGUGUUUUUGGACAUUUGUAUUGAUUCUUCUCCAAUUGGAAGAUUGAUUUUUGAGCUAUACUGUGAUGUGUGUCCCAAAACAUGUAAAAAUUUUCAGGUCUUAUGCACAGGAAAAGCAGGGUUUUCUCAAAGUGGCAUAAGGCUACAUUACAAAGAUUCUGUUUUUCAUCGAAUAGUACCAAAUGGCUGGAUACAAGGAGGGGAUAUAGUGUCUGGAAAAGGAGAUAAUGGAGAGUCGAUUUAUGGACCAACAUUUGAAGAUGAAAACUUUUCAGUUCCUCAUAAUAAAAGAGGAGUUCUUGGAAUGGCCAACAAAGGCCGCCACAGCAAUGGGUCACAAUUCUAUAUCACACUGCAAGCAACUCCUUAUUUAGAUAGAAAAUUUGUGGCUUUUGGAGACUGUGAAAGGGGAAUACUCAAUUUCCUAGCCUGCUUCGCAGCCAGGGGUGGCCAUGAGAGAUGGUUCUGGCCAACGAAGACAGGAGUAGAAUGCCAGUGGUCCUGCCCCUUCCCCUUCGUCCGGUCUGGAAUGUGGAGAGGCUGGAGCUGCAGCUGUGGCCUUGAGGCCAUAAAGAAAAGGCGAAGUACUGCAGAGAUGUCAGCACCAGUCUCUUGUGCUGCACAACCAAUCCCAGGAACUACCUGCUCUGGACUUCUUAGUAUAUGAGACUAACAGACCCCUGUGUUGUUUAUGUUACUGUUGGUUGAUAAGUUUGUUACUUGUAGACAAAAGGAUUCUUAAUUGAGCAACAUACCUGAUAGCCUAAGACAUCUGUAAUAGAAUUUGGUUCUUGUUUGGUAAGGAACCAAAUAGGAAUGAUGCAGAAGAAAAAGCAAUUCAUUGUAAUAUCUCAUUGUUUAUACAUAGCAUUCAGAAAGGUUAUCUACACUUUGUGGAUGUUUUUGUAUAUGACAUGAGCAUCAUCCUUCUCUCUCUGAGCCAUACCAACCCUAUGAAAACCAAGGGCUGUGUUACAGUCCCCAUGGUGGCUGACUCAUGUGAUGUUAUUGGAGAUCCAGCUUUAUCAGCUACUCUGGAAUCUAAAGUUCUCAAGCUCAUGUCACCUGGGGAGACUUUUAAAUGUAACCUAAUAGACCUUGUCCUUGACCUACUGAGGCAGAGUUCCCAGGCAUGGGGCAGAGAUUCUGUGUUCAUUUAGCGCUUUCCCCAGGGUUCCCAUUUAGGACACUAGUCACCUGGGAAUCACUGCAAGGCAUAAGGAACUGCUUCCAGCCCCCAUGGUGUAGUGUAAUCAGGAGAGUGCUUGACUCUGCUAUUGGUAACCUUGCUCAGCUCCUGUUAAACACCACUACCCUGUGCCCCUGCUCUGCCCAGACUGAGUGCUUUCCUUACCCUAAACAGAAUGAGGUUUGUCGUCCAAGAAUGAUCUCCAUUUACAUCCGUCUUAAAGGGGCAGGCCUCUAAUGGAUAUGGGGCUUGCCAAAAGUAAGCAUAGGGUUUUGGUUUUUUUUUUUACUUUUUAUUUUGACAUAAUUAUAGAUUCACAGGAAGUUGCAAAAAUAGUCCAGAGCAGUCCUGUGUACCUUUCACCCAUUUUCCCUAGUGGUUACACUUAUAAAAUGGUAGUACAAUAUCAAAACCAGGCAAUUGAUGUUGAUACAAUGUAUGUGAUACCUUUUUAUCAUGAGUAUAUUCAUGUAACCAACACCCAAAAGAGAAUACAGAACUUUUCCAGCACCACAAAGACCCCCUUUCAGUAUGCCUUUAUAGUCACACCCACUCCCCUGCCCCUGCCAUUCCUGACUACUGACAAUUGGCAUUUGCUUUUGUUUAAUGACAGCUUUAUUGCUAUAUGACAUAUGCUAUAUGCUAAGACCUAAGGUGGAUGGAAGGAAGCAGACCGCCUAUGUUACAUUCUCAACUGACCCAGAGCAGCAUAGUGUUAGGAAUGUGUGUUCUAGAGUCAAACUACUAGGGUUUGAAUCCUGGCUCUGCCAUUCCCUAGCUGCACAAACACAGGCAAUAACUUUUCUGUGUGUCAAUUUCUUCAUCCGAGAAACUUACCACGUAGUCGUGAGGGUUCCAUGAAUCAAUAAUUUGUAUAAAGAACCUAGAAGAGGACCUGGUCUACUGUAAGUGCACGAUAAAUUUUAUACUCAAUAAAUUACUAAUGUGUAACCUUCAGGGUGUAGCCUCAGAGCUUGGGCGUUUUGAAAGCUCUCCAGUGACUCUGAAACCCAGAUUUGAGAAACCCUGAGGAGAGUCUCCCGCUUCCUAUACUCACAGACUUCUGGGCAGUCUGAGAACUCGGGUGAUUCUACAGCCUCCAGACCCUCUCGCUGGGCCUUUGGCGGGGUCCCUCAGGUCACACUGGGGGCAUCUCAGACAAAAGGGAGCUCAGCUUGCUACCAGGAUUCAAAACAAAUGGUGAAUGAAAAUUGAUGCUUUGCAAGGAGCCCAGUUAAAACACAUGACAAGCGUUGCUCAUGUAAUAACAAGCAGCAGGGCAGUUCUUACUGGUGAUGAACCUAUAUAUUAAUGGCAUUAGGCAUUUUAUCUGAUGUUGUGAAAGAACUGGGACAUUUGCGUGGGUGUAAGAAACUGAUUCCAGCUCCCCUGGUUAGCAGCAGUAAAAAGGUAGAAUUCUGCCAGUCUUCUCAAAGAUGGUGAGUUCGUGGUCCCUUUGUUCACUCUAACUUUCCAAUUCUGGGCUAUAGAAACCUCAACCACAGAUCUAUCUAUGCAGUGGUUCUUAUCAGCACCACUUUAUAGUAUACACACUGAUUCUUCUGCGCUAGAAUGAUUUGUAUGUUUAACCUCAUAGUUGAAGAAACUGUUACAUGGACUCAGAAGUUUACUCCAGUGAACUCCACAUGUAAGACUUUGAUUUAAUCAAAUUGAAAGAAUUUAAUUAAACAGAAGGGAUUCUGGAUUUCUCCACA